CGCGGCUCCGGCGUCGCGGCAACGUACUGUAAGGCGAUAUUACUUUAAUCAUCUUCACAUCAAUAUUUAUGGAGUAGCCACAGGUGCCUCAUCCUUUAGUAGGAGUUAAUUAUACAUUUACUGGCCAAAUAAACAUCUCCUAAUGUCACUCCAUGGAUUCCUUUGGGCAACCCAGACCAGAAGAUAACCAGUCAGUAGUCAGCAGAAUGCAAAAGAAAUACUGGAAAACUAAACAGGUCUUUAUCAAAGCAACAGGAAAAAAAGAGGAUGAGCACGUGGUGGCAUCUGAUGCUGAACUGGAUGCUAAACUUGAGGUUUUUCACUCCAUUCAAGAGACAUGCACUGAACUUCUGAAGAUAGUCGAGAAGUAUCAGCUAAGACUCAAUGUUAUAUCAGAGGAAGAAAAUGAGCUAGGGCUCUUUUUAAAGUUUCAAGCAGAACGGGAUGCAACUCAAGCUGGCAAAAUGAUGGAUGCCACUGGCAAGGCACUCUGUUCUUCAGCCAAGCAAAGAUUGGCCCUGUGUACUCCCCUGUCUCGUCUUAAGCAAGAAGUAGCAACAUUCAGUCAGAGAGCAGUAUCUGAUACCUUGAUGACAAUUAAUCGAAUGGAGCAGGCACGCACAGAAUACAGAGGAGCUCUGCUGUGGAUGAAAGAUGUAUCCCAAGAACUGGACCCAGACACCUUAAAACAAAUGGAAAAAUUCAGAAAAGUACAGAUCCAAGUGAGAAAUAGCAAAGCUUCUUUUGACAAGUUAAAGAUGGAUGUUUGUCAGAAAGUGGAUUUACUUGGAGCUAGUCGCUGCAAUAUGCUCUCUCAUUCACUCACUACCUACCAGAGAACACUGCUUGGAUUCUGGGAGAAAACAGCUCGAAUGAUGUCCCAAAUCCACAAGGCCUGUAUUGGCUUUCAUCCAUAUGAUUUUGUAGCUCUGAAGAAACUACCAAACACGCCAAGCAAGCUUACUGAAGACCACAAAGAAGAACAAAUGGACGGCAAUUUUCUUACUGAAAACCUCAAUAAGAUAGUUUUGUCAGAUGAGGAAGCAAGCUUAGGGAAUGAACCAGAGUACAAGGAAAAACAUUUUCAAAUGAGAGAAUUUAGAGCACCUCAGUUUUCUAACUCUGAAAAUGUUGCAAAAGAUCUACCUGUAGAUUCAUUGGAAGGAGAAGAUUUUGAGAAGGAAUUCUCAUUUCUGAACAGCCUCCUAAGUCCUGGUUCUUCAAGUACGGGUGAAUUUACCCAAGAGUGCCAGACUGCUUUUGGGAGCCCCAUUACCAGUUUCACGUCUCAGGAGCCUUCUGUGGGGUCUGAGCCUCUCGCUCAUUCCUCUCGAUUCCUUCCUUCACAACUCUUUGACCUUGGCCUUCAUGCUGCUGGAGCUUUCAACAGCUGGGUCUCCCAAGAAGGAUCAGAACUUCCUCUUUCACAUACUGAUAACCAGCCAGUGCCUUCACAGAGUCAAAAAAAAUUAACAGGAUCCCCCAACAAUGGUAGUCAAGACAUGUCAGCCUGGUUCAAUCUAUUUGCAGACUUGGAUCCUCUUUCAAACCCAGAUGCUAUUGGACACUCAGAUGAUGAACUUCUUAAUGCUUGACUCAAGUUACAAUGUCACUUCAGUGGCCUUGAGACAUCAAUUUUGCAACAUAUUGCCUUUGUGGAAAGGAGUUUAUAUUGUAACCCACACACAAAAGCAUGGUGUUUGUGAAUAUAUCACCUGUCAGUCAACUUUAGCAUUAGACACAUUUGAAUGUGUCUAAUGUAAGGACCACAUUUGAAUAGAUUAAGUACAUCUUUAAUAUCUUGGAUUUACAGCUGUUGAUGCUAUGUGGAAAAUAUUAGAAACUACUGAGUCUGUGGUAUUUACAUUCCAAAAUUUAUGUCAAAAUAACAGGAAUAAUUCUGUCAAUCAGGAGUUGGACUAUUUCUUUGGAAAGCCUAUUUUUAUGUUUAAGUUGCCUUGCUGGCUGUGAGAAUUCUGUAUGUGGAUAAAAGACAGCAUGUAAAUUGGGUUGUGGUUUGAGGUUGCUUUUUAAAUCAAACAGUGGUGGGGGGUUUUCUGUUGUGGAAAAUAGCAUUAGACUCAUACCAGCUUUGUGUUUGAUUAGAAAAUUAUAAUAAGUUUUGAGAACUCAAUUUGCUUUAGUGAAAUCACAGAGAAACUUGGUACUUGUUUUUCUCCAUUUGGAGGCUAAAAUAUAAUGUCAACCUUUCAUUCAUCCAGAAUCAUGGACACCCCCCCAAAUUCCAUUACUAAAUUUUCAUGGGGGAAGUAGCAGGAUGAUUAAUUUGCUAAGCCCAUCCUCUGUAGAAACAGAAAAAUCCAUCUUCCCAUCUCAUAAACCACAGAAUGCCUAGAAAUAUUCAAGUCAUUGUGUCAGUGUCCUCAGGCCUGGUUCUUCACACACUGCUAAGGUAACAUGUAGUAUUCAUACUGUUCCUGAAAACAAGGGGAAAACAUUCCCUAAGCAACUGGCAAUAGUAUUCCUGAUAUUACCUAUGAGGGAGACAAAUUCUAAACACCUUACCUUUAUACAUAUUUGCAUACUUACCUCAUAUUUUGUGAUGCGAUUUAACCCAGAAUACUUUCUGGCAGAGAUACCGAAAGCUCUACGUGAUCAGUGAGUGUUUUACUUUCCACUUCUGUGGGUGACAUCAUCUAAGGCUCUAUUUGAUUACUAAGCAAAAGCUCUUAUCCUUAGAAGGUUUAGAACCUAAAUAUUGGGAGGGAAGACUAUUUAAUGGAAGUUAGUGUAAGUUGAUGAAAACAUAGCUACUGUACACAGUCAUCAAUCACUCAAUGUUCUGUCCUGUUUUCUUGCUCACCCUUUAGUUUUGAGGCAGUUUUCCAAGUGUUUUAUUGUUGUCAUCCAGUCCAUUACAUUUCCGUAAGAAAACAUUUUAACUAAGUUGUUCACAGUAGUUUUCACGUGCUCUUAGUUCUAAACAGGCUUAUUUGGAAGAGAUUUGCUUGUAAUGUCCAAGUCAUUGUAUGUAGAAAACGUUGUGAAGGAAUGAACCCAGAGUAGGUAAAAUGCAACCCACCUCUCAUCCACACCAGUCUGGCUCUCCAGAAAACCAUUACAAUGGCUAAGUACUUCAUAGGCUGGAAAGACCUUACCUGAGGGUCAGAAACAUGGACUCAGGAAAAGGUUAUGAAGUUUUUCCUUAAAAUCUUUUCACAAUAUUAUUCAUAUUUCUUUAUUUGAUUUCAAUGAACUGUUAUUUAUCUUCAGAAGUAUUUUUAAAAAUAAUUUUACUUGUGGUGGAAUAUAUAACUGGUGUCAACGAUUUAAGAAGCAUUUUGUAACUCUUCCUUUGUAUUCAGUGAAAUUUUCCAGAAGACAAUACUACCAUUGUUUUGCCAAGAUUCAAUCACCAAGAUUAUGAUUCUGAACCACAAUCUAAAAUCUAUACCCAUGGUGGCUCUGGUACUCUCGACUUUUGAGUACCUCAAAAAAUGCUAACUUUAUGUCUUGAGUUUGUGCCAUUUUUCUUUGCAAUGGCUGCCUAAUGCAAUACUUCCAAGGUAUUUCUGUUUCUCCCUCACAUGCAUGCAAAGCAGUCCUUGUUUUCUAAGCAUCUAAACAAAGAUGCUUCAAUGAGCAGAACCAGAACCCUGAAUCCCAGACUAUAAACGUGAAGGGAUAAUAUCCUCAAUUUUCCAAGAGCAAAGGUUCUCCCCAAAUUGAGACAAACAAGGGAUUUUUAUUAUUCAGUUCUUAGUUUCUGUGACAGUUCCUCUUUCAACAGAGUAUAUACUAGUAGUUUCCCAUUAACCCAGAAGCAAUAUUAACUGCCUUAACAAGUCUAGUUAUAAUUUCAACAAGUCUAACAACUCUAUUUUUGAAGAGCACAUAACCAUUAUUAAAAUAAAGGUAACCAUUCAUAUUUUCUCAACAUUAGUUAUCUGAGGGUCAAUCACUAAAAUUUUUAUAGUCAGAGAAAUUUUGCUCUAUUAAACCAACAUUGCUAAGAUGUAAAACCAACCACACAUUCAAUAAGGGUGAAAGCACAGGGUAAGCACAGGACAGAAAGGUACCCUGUUGCUCUUUGUCUCAAUCUAGACCAUCUAUUAAAUAAGAAAUAAAUUCAUUAUUCUUAACCAAGGGUAGAUCAGAACAACUCUUUUGAAAUAGCUAUGUUUUACGUUAAAUAGGGAGAAACACUUUUACUUUAUUUUAUACUGAGUAAGAAUGCAUUUAAGCUUAAAAAAGCUCCAGAGGAACUAAAAUUUGCCUACUAUUUCUACAGCCACUUUACAGGAGAGUCAGAAAUACCAGGGCAUAAUAAGAUUGGAUCUGUGUAACUUUGUAUUUUUUGAAAUCUUUCAUUAAUUGUAGAAAAUAGCUCUCAUAUGAUUAGAAACAAAAUGUUAUUUCCACAAAAUAGGUUUUAGUAUUUGCACAUUUAAAAAAACUGUAUUUCAACUAUGGAUAUUUCAUAUAACUAUCCUUAUAAACCAUUUAGAAACGUAGAGGUCUUACAGCGUUAGAACAAAGGAAGUUUAAAUGUACUCUAUUUUUCUGAGCCUCUUUUAAUAAAGAUUUCUAGAUGGCAUA